ACACAUUUGGGGUGGGCUUUGGGUUCAUGGGUAUGGCACUAAAAAAUGGAGGUUAAGAGCCCUUAACUGUUUUGUUAGAUGCCUUUGUCUUGUCAGAGACGUGCCUUUCUUCUUCCCAGUUCCCGGUAAUCCAAUCACCGUUCUCCUCUCUCCCUCCACCUUCACCUGAACCGCAAAAACGACACCGUUUCAGAACUCCUCCUCCUCUUCCCAUUUCACGGUAACCACUCUUCCCCUCCUCCAUUUCCGCCAUGAUCGACCUUCGAAAACUCAGAUCAACGUUCCCAUUUGCCAAUUUCACACAAAACCACUUGAUCCAUAAACCCCCACAAAACCCUAGAUUUCAUUCCACGAAGAAACCAAUCCAAUCGAAGGUGAAACCCUUUCCCAAAUCCAUCGUGAAAGAAGCCCAAGCCGCAUUGCUAGAGUACCUUCACUCCACGAGAAGCUUGCAGUUCUCCGACGCUGACAACAUGUGCAAAAACUCACCAUUCUUCCUCCAAGACCUCUUGAAGAAAACCCAAAUCCACAACAAGCACAAAGCAGCCACCACCACCACCGCAGCUGCCGCCGCCGCCGCAGCAAAGCAUUCCAUUUCGCGCUACCUCCGCUACCACCCCAUCAACGAGUUCGAACCCUUCUUCGAGAGUGUGGGGUUGAAGCCUUCUGAGUAUGCUUCUCUUCUCCCCCGUGACAUGAUGUUUCUCAAUGAUGAUGCUUUGUUGAUGGAGAAUUAUCAAACUCUGUGUAACUUUGGGGUUCAACGCACCAAGGUAGGUAGGAUUUUCAAGCGUGCUCCGGAGGUUUUUCGGUAUGAAUCUGGGGUUUUGAGCUUGAAGUUGAAGGCUUAUGAGGAGCUUGGUGUUGCAGCUUCUACAUUGGUGGAUGCUGUUGCUGCUAGCCCUAGCCUUUUGGUUGGGGAUGUUGACCUUGAUUUUGUUAAGGUUGUGGAGAAGUUGAAGGAGCAUUUUGUUGCAAAGGGUGGUGGUUGGGUUGAGGAGCAUUUUUUGGAUGGUGGGGUUUAUUGUAAUUGGGGCAUGGUGCUUAGGCUCUUGUGCUUGCUUUCAGAGGUGGGUUUCAGUGAGGGACAGAUAGAUGAGUUGAUUCGAGACCGCCCUUGUGUUGUUUUUCAAGAAUCGGGAGGUAGGGCGCUCUCCCUGAUUGCAUUCUUGAGCAAAUUUGGAUUAGCUGUGGACCGGAUUGCUCUCAUGUUCCUUGAGUUUCCGCAGAUUCGGAUCGACAAGUUCUACACCAACUUGAGGCGGUGUUUGCAGUUCCUGACUGAGAUUGAGAUGCAGGGUGAGGAGAUUGGAAGUAUUUUUCAGUCACACACCUUGUUGUUGGGUUCCUUCACUAUGAAGAAAACAAAGAGUUUGCUUGUUGACAUGAAUGUUGGCAGGAAGCGGCUUUGUAGAAUGGUGCAGGAUAACCCUCAAGAAAUGAAGAAUUGGGCUAUGGGAAUAAGAGUCCAGCCUAUGGUGAGCGUAAAGGCAGAGCAGCAGACGAUGUUGCGGAAAACAGAGUUCUUGGUGAGGUGGGGAUUUGUCGAAAAUGAAAACUCCGAGAAUUUGAAAGAGGCGUUUAAGCUGUUCAGAGGUAGGGGAACUGAGCUUCAGGAGAGGUUUGAUCUUAUUGUUAAUGCAGGCGUGGAUAGUGAGGAUGUCCGCAAAAUGCUCAGAGUUUCCCCUCAGAUUAUUAAUCAGAGCAUAGAUAGGAUCAAAAUGAAAAUGGAGUAUCUUGUAAAAGAAGGAUAUUCAAUAUCAGAUUUAGUGACUUUCCCAUCUUUUCUUUCCUAUACACCUAGCAGAGUUAAGCUUAGGUUAUCAAUGUAUAACUGGCUCAAAGACCAAGGGGUUGCAGAUGCAGGCCUUGCUUUGAGCACUACCAUUGCUUGCACAGAGAGAAUAUUCAUACAGCAGUAUGUAAAGCGCCAUCCAUCUGGCCUUCAAGUUUGGCAGAAAUUAAAGAAAGAAAUUCUUUCUGAGGAUUAAUUUAUUGCAUAACAAUGCUUCAGUGAUGAAAAUGUGGUUCUGGUUCAGAUUAUUGUGCAUCUCCCACUUUUACCAACUGUCAAUGAUGAUUCUGCUGCAAGUUGUAUUAUGAACUGAUGCAUCACUUCAAUUUGAAUUGAAGACAUGGAUGGCCAAAUGAAGAUCAGGGAUGUCAGCAACCAUGGCAUUGCCAUGAGCAAUGUUCAUAGGUGAUUUCUAAUUGCAGUUUUAGUGAGCACUGUUCAUAGGUGAUUUCUAAUUGCAGAGAUUUCAGACAUGACUUGUAGGUGGAAGAAUGUUGGGGAGAUAGAUUUUGUUCAGUAGUUGUCCACUUACCGCGGCUCGGCGGCUACAUUGGAGGUCACUAUCGAAGUGUUUGAUUUUCUAACCAAAUAAAUCUCCUCCUGAAAGUAGUUAACCACAUGGCGAAUCGAACUAGUGAGGGUUGAUGACGAGCUCUGAACCUGUACAUCGUGAGAAAAGAUGAUGGUCUUGCAACUUGUACGGUUGUUCCUUACGCCGCUAGGAAGGAUGGUGGCUUUGGGAUUUGAAUCUUCUCCAACGGAUGCAUGUACAACAGUGUUUUGAUUGGUCCCCAAUAAAUCAAUUAAGUUAUCUCUUAAUUUCAAUUUAAUCAAAGCUUUUGAAUAUAAAAGUCAAUGGCUAGGAUGUGGCUGUAGGGGCUGGAGAGAAAAAAGUGUUGAAGAGGA